AUGGUUCUCGGCUUGUUGAAAAGAGGUACGGCGGGUACUCAUGACACGGAGAAUUCAGAUUCCGGAGUUGCAUCCAGCGUUGACGCCUCCAUGUUUGUUCAGGCAGAGCUCGAGGCCUUUCAAGUUGCGCACAAAUGGGACCCAAACCUACCUCAGGAGGAAAUUGAAGCUGUUUCAGAAGCUCUCAAGGUCGGCGAUUUAGAGAAGAAGGUGGCCGUUGAGACAACGCUCCUCGAAGAAAAUUCACCGUACCCUGAGGUUCGCGCCGCCGUAAGAAAUUAUGACGAGGAAGUUCCAGCAAACACGAUCCGGGCAUGGGUUAUUGGGCUACUCUGGACAACGAUUGGGAGUGCCGUGAACAUGCUAUUUUCACUUCGCAAUCCUUCCAUCGCCCUCACCCCUGUGGUGACGUUGCUGCUCUCCUAUCCGUUUGGUGUAGCUUGGGCAUAUGUCAUGCCGAAGCGCACGUUUAGGACUUUUGGGACAACAUGGUCCCUGAAUACUGGUCCGUUCAAUAUGAAGGAGCAUACCAUUAUUGUCAUUAUGGCGAACGCCUCCUUCGGGGGUACCUUCGCCUACUCUACCGAUGUUCUUCUCGCCCAACAAGUCUACUAUGGCCAGAGGUUUGGUUGGGGAUACCAGUUACUUCUCACAAUCACCUGCCAGAUGCUUGGACUCGGGCUUGCAGGACUCACACGAAAAUGGCUAGUGGAACCCGCCGCAAUGAUCUGGCCCUCUAAUCUCAUCACAACCACCAUGUUCGAGACUAUCCACACCCGAAAAACACCAGAUGCUCUUCAACUCAGUGGAUGGAAGAUAGGACGCUAUAAAUGGUUCCUCAUUGUGAUGGCUACGAUAUUUGUCUGGGAAUGGUUCCCGCUCUGGAUCGCCCCUUUCCUCGCUACGUUUACGUUCGUAUGCUGGGCUGCCCCAAAUAAUAUUGUCGUGAACCAAAUCUUUGGUGGGCAAACAGGCCUAAGUCUUAUUCCGAUCUCAUUUGACUGGAGUGUUAUCACCGCAUUUGUAUUAAGCCCACUGGUUUAUCCCUUCCACGCUAUUGCCAACACUCUGAUUGGGCUGGUGAUCUUUACGGUUAUUACCUCCCUCGGAAUCCACUACACUGGCGCACUGUAUUCGGAAUAUCUUCCUAUGUCAACCGGUGGAAGUUUUGAUAAUACCGGGGCGGCGUACAAUGUCUCGAAAAUCUUAACUCCCGAGUUUACUCUCGACAAAGAACUGUACGCUGCAUACUCCCCGCUGUUUCUAUCCACAACCUUCGCUCUCGCCUAUGGCUUAUCGUUUGCCUCCAUUAUCGCUGUCAUUAUCCAUACAUAUCUCUACCAUGGCCAAGAUAUCUGGAAAAAGCUUCGAUCAAGUCGUACCGAGGGUGUAGAUAUCCAUCAGCGGUUAAUGAUGAAAUAUCCCGAUGCGCCUUGGUGGUGGUAUGCAGUUACGUUUGUAGUAAUCCUUGCUUUGGGAUUUACCACUUGUCUGGCCUGGGAUACACAUAUGACAUGGUGGGCAUUUAUCGUCGCAUUGCUGAUUUCUUUCUUCUUCUAUCUCCCCAUUGGCAUUAUUCAAGCAACAACAAACGUCCAACUUGGUCUAAACGUUAUUACCGAAUUCAUUAUAGGAUACAUGCAACCCGGACGCCCAUUGGCGAUGAUGAUGUUCAAGAUGUACGGCUACAUCACCUGCUACCAAGGCCUCUACUUUACUCAAGAUAUCAAACUAGCCCAUUACAUGAAAGUUCCCCAGCGGGUGACAUUCUGGGCUCAGUUUGUGGCCACACUCUGGUCAUGCUUCGUCCAGAUCGCCGUCUUAAACUGGGCCCUAGGCUCGAUCGACGGUGUCUGUACCCCGGAUCAACCAAAUCACUACAGCUGCCCCAAUGCGCAUGUUUUCUUCACGGCCUCUAUAAUCUGGGGUGUUAUUGGUCCAGAUAGGAUAUUUGGCCCUGGCGGAAUAUAUAAUGCUAUGCUCUGGUUCUUCCUCCUCGGUGCAGUCUGUCCCGUCGUAGUCUGGCUCGCUGCCCGGAGAUGGCCCCGAAGCCCGUUGAGAUACGUCUCUACCCCGAUCAUUUUUGGUGGAACAGGUUAUAUCCCACCUGCAACAGUCAUGAUCUAUGCUACCUGGGGAUUUGUUGGCACGGUAUUCAAUAAGCUCAUCAAGGGGCGACACCCAGGCUGGUGGACCGAGUACAACUAUAUCACGUCGGCGGCUCUGGACAGUGGCACAAUCAUCUGCAUUCUGUUCAUAUUCUUUGUCCUACAACUUCCGGAUAAGGUACAGCCUCCUCGGUGGUGGGGUGGUUUUGGCGGUGGAUUCCAAAACAAUGUCGACUGGAGCGGGACCCCCCAGACAGCGCUUGCCAACGGAACUUUUGGACCGAAAUCCUGGUCCUAG